AUGCUCGUGCUCAUCGUAUGCGUGGGCUCUGCACUAAGCAUUCCCAUCCCAAACUCUGUCGAGGAGAUCGUCAAGGUGACGGAAGAAGCGCCGGGGCUGUUUCCCGAAUGGCAGCGCGAUUCGGGCUGGCUCGGGUUUCGACCGGCGCUAAGGCGGCCAGAUUCGCCGCUGCCCGCCGAGUUCGCCAGCGACGGUAACCUGGUCUACUCGCCCAUCCGCGGCGUCGUGGAGGAUGAGCACGCAAGACUCCGACUAGGCAUCACGCUGCGAGAAGUAGAGGAACGGCUGGAGAACUUCUUGACCUUGCGAAACGACCAUGUUCCUACGCUGCAGCUCCCGCACACAGCCUCACAACGAGCCGCUGAGAGGCAGUACGAUCCACUGCCAAAGUCACUCACGCGACCCGUAACGCCAUCCAGAGGUACAUCGCCCUAUCAGAUACCCAGCCGUGCAAGCACCCGACGCGGCUCUGAUAAACCCCGUCGAACAAGGGGUUCGCGUCAAGGGCGCGAUUGA